UGUGUGGGUGGGGAGGGGUAGUGGGUGAGGGGCCCAGGUUCCUGACACAGACUACACCCAGGGAACGAAGAGCAAGCGCCAUGUUGAAGCCAUCUUUACCACUCAGAUCCCUCUUAUUCCUGCAGCUGCCUCUGCUAGGGGUGGGGCUGAACACAACGGUUCUCACACCCAGUGGGAAUGAAGACACCACAGCUGAUAUCUUCCUGACCUCUAUGCCACCUGGGUACCACAGUAAUUCUGCCCUGCCCCUCCCAGAGGUUCAGUGUUUUGUGUUCAAUGUGGAGUACAUGAAUUGCACUUGGAACAGCAGCUCUGAGCCUCACCCUACCAACCUGACUCUGCGUUAUUGGUACAGGAAAUCUGAUAAUGAUACAGUCCAGGAGUGUGGCCAUUAUCUAUUCUCCGGAGAGAUCACUUCUGGCUGUCAGCUGCAAAAAAGGGAGAUCCAUCUCUACCAAACUUUUGUUGUCCAGCUCCAGGACCCACGGGAACCUAGGAGACAGGCCAACUGGACGCUAAGACUGCAGGAUCUGGUGAUUCCCUGGGCGCCGGAAAAUCUAACACUUCAUGACCUGAAUGAAUCCCAGCUAGAACUGAGUUGGAGCAACAGAUACACGGACCAAUGUUUGCAGCAUCUUGUGCAGUACCGGAGUGACCGGGACCGCAGUUGGACUGAACAAUCAGUGUCUCACGGACGUAGCUUCACCCUGCCAAGUGUGGAUGGGCAGAAACUCUACACAUUCCGUGUUCGUAGCCGCUUUAACCCAUUCUGUGGAAGUGCUCAAUAUUGGAGUGAAUGGAGCCACCCAGUCCACUGGGGGAGUAAUACAUCAAAGGAGAAUCCUUUGUUGUUUGCACUGGAAGCUGUGCUUAUCCCCCUUGGCUCCAUAGGAUUGAUUAUUAGCCUCAUCUGUGUGUAUUUCUGGCUGGAACGGGUGAUGCCCCGAAUUCCCACUCUCAAGAACCUAGAGGAUCUUGUUACUGAAUACCACGGGAACUUUUCGGCCUGGAGUGGUGUGUCUAAGGGAUUGGCGGAGAGUCUGCAGCCAGACUACAGUGAACGACUCUGCCUCGUCAGUGAGAUUCCCCCCAAAGGAGGGGCCCUCGGUGAGGGGCCUGGGGGUUCUCCCUGCAAUCAACAUAGCCCCUACUGGGCCCCUCCAUGUUAUACCCUGAAGCCUGAAAAUUGAGCCCUGAUCAUCUGACAGAAGAACCCCAAGGUCCUGUAGCCCUAAGUCUUACUGAGUCCCCUUCAUCCAACCAGUCUGGGUCGGAUGCUCACCUCGCCCUCCUGUGGUUGAUUUUGAAUUUUGUGCCCCCAUGGAACUGCCCCUUCAUUUGUUAUUCUCUACUUGAGAAUUGCCCCCUUGCUCUGUACAUGUUUCUCAUCUUCCCCAACCCAGCCCUUCCUUUUCGCAGGAUUCUCCUUCCCUCCCUCCCUCCCUCCACCCUUCAAUUAUUCCUGAAUCAAUGAGAAAUAAAAUUUCUAUUGACAAUCAUCAAAAA